AUGGGUAGGAAGAUCGAGAAUAUCUUCAAUUUUCAUCCUACAGCGAUCGUAGCCCAGGAUGUAGAUCUAGUGGGAGAAGUAACGAUAGGAGCACAUUGUAUAAUCCAUCCAUCGUGUACGAUCGUUGCUCUGGGUCCGAUCAUCUUUGGACCAGGAUGUAUCGUAGAAGAACAGUCGGUGAUCUGUAAUCGGAGAAAGACGACGAUGAAAAUUGGCGCGAACAAUAUAUUUUCAGUGGGAAGCAGAGUCGAGGCGGUUUCGAUAGGAAACAGGAAUGUGUUUGAGGGGAAGAGCCGAGUGAGUGGAGAAGUGAUGAUUGGGAACGACAGUGUGAUCGGGGCAGGAACUGUAGUAGUAAGCGAGCCGAGUCUUUCAACUUUCGAGGCCCUCGAUCGUCCUCCUCUUGAAUUAUCAUCACCCGAGGAUCCCUCGCCGGAAACGACUCGAGAAAAGCUCGAGAUCCGGACACUCCCUGACUUUUCAGUCAUCUUUGGCGAGCGCUCUCAGUUGUCAUCUUGGUCUGGUGAAGGCAAAGGACAGGCUAUGGCUCUCCACGCUAAACAUCUCCUCUACCUCGCCGAAACUUUACCGAAAUUCCAUAGGAUCAGAGUCGUUGGUUCUUCUUCUGCGAAGACCGCCACUAAAGAUCCUUCAACAUCCAAAAAGGAUUAG